AUGAUUUCUUUAUCCGAGUGCAACGCCUGGUUUGCUGUAUUCCUUAUCGAGUCAGUUGCUAUAGUAACAGUGAACCUCCUAUCAAUCAUCCUUUUUAUGAAGAAUAGUAAUCUUCAGACUCGUGGCAUGUACUUGGCAUAUACUUGGUUAUAAACCUAACAGUAGCUGAUAUGCUUGUUGGAGGAUUUUCAAUGAUUGGUCUACUUCUGUUCUUAGGCACCGGACGCGACAGUGAGACAAACACAAGAUCAACCUCUGGAAUGUACAUUACAUCAGUUUUUGUUUUCCAUUGGUUUCCAAUGACUUCCCUUACGAACAUUGCAGUAAUUUCUUUAGAUAGGUUACAUGCGACAUUUCUUCCAUUCAAACAUCGAGUUAUCCAAACAUGGGUCUACUGGGUAACAGCUGUUUGUGUCUGGGGUUCAGCUGCAAUGGUAUCAACUCUUAUUGUGACAUGGCGAGUUAACCUCCUUGGGAAAGAAUGGACCCAUUUUUUGUUUUUAUGGCAGUCAUACUGUUGUUUGUGUCUAUUUGUUAUCUGUGUUUCAUACGCCUCCAUUGUCGUUAAAUUUCUUUGUGGGACGCAUCCUCAG